AGAUUAUAUGCUGCGAAAUCCCCUCGGAAAUGAACAAACACCUAAGUAGAUCUAUAUGAGAACCCAAACGGCAAUUAACUGUCAGUGCCAUGAAAAGUUCGAAACCUCACACAGCCCCUCCGACCCGCCAUGCCAUCAAAAGUCGUGUAUGUUAAAACGACCGACCGGCUUGCUUACGCAACUCAAUCCUCGCAAUGCAGGAAGGUAAAGGUGUGGGCUUGCGACACUAAUAGUCCCGGAGGUGCCUCCAGUACUAAGUCGCCGAAAAAUCAACGUGAAUCCCAGCCUUUAUUGAUCGUAAUGUACUUUCUCUCAUUAACAAUGUUUUUUUCUACCAGUUUCUGCCUAGUUCACUUGAGCCCGACCUCCAUUCUUUGUUCAAUGAGUGAACGUCGUCACGGCUCCCGCUCUUCGACGCGGAAAAACUUGGCAAGACCAGGGUUUGAGCGGUCAUUACGAUCAGAUGGAGAAAAUCAUCGCUGCGCUCCCGCCUGCUCGCAUAUUCGAGCUCGUUUCUGUCCCCAUAUUAUGAUUUAAAGAAAAUUCCCGCUCAUUCCUGGAGGUGGAUUUGCAAUUGUCCGCCUUCUCAUUGGCUAGAAACCUGAUUGACCAUCACUAACAAGUUUCAGCCCCCAUGCGGUAUGUCUUCACCCUGCUUACGAUGGAGAAUUCUUCGCACUGA